CUAAUACUUAUAUAUAGUAAUUUGUAAUAACAGUGAAUUCAUAGUUUAUAUAGUCGUGGUGGUGGAUGUAAGCAUAAAGUUAUAUUUGUAUUUUACUAAAUAACCAAACAUAAUGUGAUUGGAUUUCUUGAAUGACACAUUGCUACGAUUCUACCUAUGAAAACAACAAGCAAAGCACAAAUUUUCGUAAAGGACUCACAUAACUACAUAAGUGUUUUUAUCAACAAAAAACCUACAUAAGUGUAACAUCUAUUUUUGUUUAGUUUGUUAAUGUCUUCAAAAUCAACGGGAGAAGAUUAGAAACAAAAUUAGAAUACAAAAAGAAAAAAUAAAGGUCGAGGUUCCUUGUUAUGCAUGAGAAGUCUACGUGAAGAAAUAGAAUAAUGACUGACUUUUAAGUUUCUUUUUCUUUUGAUAUAUAAAAAUCAGCUUCCUACUUUUAUUUAUUCAGUUUCUAUAUAUUAUUAAUAUAUCAUAAUUACACUGACAAAUUCAUGCCACAAAGUGAUAUAAUAUAACUCUACCUUAGUACACUAUUUCACUAUAUAAGUAGAUGCACAUUAUACAUAUGGAGAUGUUGAGAAAAAGAUGUAUAUACAGGUGUAAAUUAUAAGUAUAAGCUUAUGUAAUAUCUUUGCAUACACUCUAGGUUGACACUGGACCUUAACUUCUUUUUCUUAUUUUGUUUCUAUGAGCUCUUACAGACCAGCAGCAACACCUUGCCCCAAAUCCACUCCAUCUUAUAUUCAUUUUAGAUCAUAAUCUAUACAGCUAUCUUUAUAUUAGCAGAUAAUAAAUUUAUUAAUUUGCAGAUUUUAUAUAUAGUUUUAUAUGAUGCAUUAUAUAUAGCGCAAACAAAAUACGACCAGAUAAACGUAAUUUGGACCAUAACUUAAGAAUGUUCUUGUCAAAUAAGGAACGUUCUCUUGUCAAAAUACGACCAGAUAUUCUUUCACAAUGUUUGUUUUCUUUUGUCUUCAUAUGUUUUUUGUUCGAUCGGUCAUUGUCUACUUCUCUCUCACACACCAUACAUGACAUGUAGAAGCCAAACCAAACUUAAAACCCAAGCAAUCUGUUCUUCUUUUUCUUACGAUAAUCCAUUAUUAAUAAAUAUAUUCUGAAUAUCAUUGUAUAAAAACAAAAAGAAUGUAGUGUUCCUUCUAUUAAUUAAAUAUUUUUUACUCCAAAGUAUGUAUCUGCAUAUAUAUACUUGUAAAACAAGAAAAGUUCCAAUAUUUUAUCAAUGUUAGAUAAAUGUAAAACUAAAGAUUCGGGAGUUUCAUAGUUAAAUGUACUUACACUUUACUUUCAAGUUGUAGGUGUACCUCUCCCUAUCAUUGUUACUUAGCAUGUAUGCUUCCUUGUUUAGACAUACUUUUUAAGUCGUAAAAUAAUAUUUUCUUACUAUAUAGCAUACAAGUACAUUCGUAUACAUUAUAAAUGAGAUUUAAUAAUAGCUAUAUCUUAUUUUUCUCUCUCAUGGAUAGUGCAAAGUUAAUAUCAAGGGCAAAAAAGAGCAAUUAACUCAGCUUAAAAAGUGAUGAACAAGAAUUCAAUUCCUUCCUCUUUCUCACGAUAACCUCAAAGAGUUCUACUUAGGAAACAUAUGCUUUAGCCAUCUUUAACCCUUUUUCCCUUCUCUCUAUCUCUCUCUCACGCCUUUGUUUAUUCUAAUGAAGUUGUGAGAAGUGUGGAGGAAGAGAAGAGAGGUAAUGCACGAGAGAAAACUAAGAUACACAAAACAACAUGACUUGGUGCAAUGACCGUAGCGAUGUUCAGACCGUUGAAAGAAUCAUUCCUUCUCCAACAGCGGCUGAGUCUCCUGCAGCCUCAUUGCAAGUCUCUACUCACAAAACGUGUCCUUCAUGUUGCCAUAAAUUCAAGUUUCAUGAACAGGCGGGGAUCCAUGACUUGCCCGGACUGCCUGCCGGAGUGAAGUUCGAUCCGACGGAUCAAGAGGUACUGGAGCAUCUUGAAGGAAAGGUAAGAGACGAUGCAAGAAAGCUUCAUCCUCUCAUCGAUGAGUUUAUUCGUACCAUCGACGGCGAAAACGGCAUAUGUUAUACCCAUCCUGAGAAAUUGCCAGGUGUGAACAAGGACGGGACGGUCCGUCAUUUCUUCCACCGACCGUCGAAGGCAUACACGACGGGAACAAGAAAGCGACGUAAAGUCCACACUGACUCCGAAGUCGGUGGCGAGACACGGUGGCACAAGACCGGAAAAACACGUCCUGUUCUCACUGGAGGACGAGUAAGAGGCUACAAGAAAAUCUUGGUGCUCUACACAAACUACGGCAAACAAAAGAAACCGGAGAAGACUAAUUGGGUCAUGCAUCAAUAUCAUCUUGGCACCAACGAGGAAGAGAAAGAAGGUGAGCUAGUUGUCUCCAAAGUAUUCUACCAGACUCAACCACGCCAAUGCGGUGGCUCUGUUGCUGCCGCAGCCACUGCCAAGGAGCGGCCUUACAUUCAUGGCCACGCCCAUCACCUUGCUGGUGGUCGCCACCUUCAUUACGAUCUUCAUAACGUUAAAGGAAAUGGAGGGUCAGCUGGAGCCAGUGAGUAUUAUAACAAUAUUCCAGCGAUCAUCUCGUUUAAUCAAACCGGGAUACAGAACCACUUGGUUCAUGAUUCUCAAGCAUUUAUCCCUUAAAAAUAUGAGAAUAACUUUUAUAUGCUUGGUCAAAAAAUAAGAGAAGUCUAUAAUCUAAGCAUAUAUAUACUAUAGUACACACAUAAAUACAUUAAAAAUAAUUUAAAUUUACAUUGCAAUACUAUAUACGUAACUUUUGUUUUUGUCAUUAUAUUUUUCCCUUUUUGAUUAUACUGCUUUAUAUACAAGUUUAAUUCCUUGGACUGAUCAUGAAAAAAUGUACAAAGAUCUCACUUUGUCUCUUGGUA